GCAUGCGCGGGGCGCAGGGCCGGGCGCGGAGGACACCCGAAAGCGAGGAGAGAAAAGAAACAUCCCAGUUCAGGGUCCAGACAAGGACCAGCCAGAAUCAGCCACGCGGACACGUCGGGCUCUCCCGCGGGGAGCUUGAGAUAAACGUGAUGGCGUGGGACGCAGCGAGCCGUCCCCUGGGUGUGUUUGAGUGCCAGCUCUGUGCCCUGACGGCCCCCUACAGCUACAUGGGGCAGAAGCCCCCCAACACCCAGUGUGUGCUCCUCCUGGAAGAGAGCUACGUCACGAAGGACCCCUUCACCCCCGACAAGGACAGGUUCCUGGUGCUCGGCUCCAGGUGCAGCGUGUGCGGCCGGCUGGUGUGUGUGGGCCCGGAGUGCAGCUUGUUCUACGCCAAGAGAUUCUGUCUCCCUUGUGUGCGGGAGAACAUCGGGGCUUUCCCCUGGGAAAUUCGGCAAGACUUGGAGAAACGGAAGUUCCCAUCAAAGAGACCUGCCAGCCAGCCCGGCUCCCGGACGUGACACAGGGUGCCAGUCCCGGAGGCCCUCGGCCUGGGCUCCCGGGCCCGUCGCCUGUCUGCUUCAGUUUGGAGCUGGGGUCAGGCCUGCAGCAGCGCAGAGGCGGAGCCCACGGGACAGUGUCCUUCGGAGCCCCCCGGGACCUGCUGGGCUCAGGAGCUCUUCCCUGCAGCGCGGGAGGGGCCGGGCUGAGGGCAGCCACCGGGGCGAAGCCAGGCCCUGCCGGCCUGUCCUGUCUCCUCCCCGGGUGCAAGGCCUUCAACGAUUCUUGGCAUCUGGGGGUAGCUUCUGCGAACCUCGCUGCCCAGCUGGACCCAUGGACACGGCGGCAAAGGGACUGUGGGGGAGACUGUGUGGGGAGGCUGCGCGGUUACCUCGGGGGCUGUGUUGCCCGUAUGCCAGCCGGGGUCUCCCUCCUCCCAGAUGCUGGACGCUUGCUUUCCCGGCUUGGCCAUGGCACCCCCGGAGGCGUCUGUGCGGGGCGGCAGGUGUGUGAUGGGUGGACUGGGUCUCCCGGGCCUGGAUGUGCUUUCUCUGGACCACGCCUCGCACUCGCAAUUAAAAUCCAAAGAGCCACAUGGCGUGCUGAAGAGGCGUCCUUGGAAGAGCGGAGACUCGUGCUCAGUGGGCGGGCGCCAGGCCCUUUCCUUUCCCAGCCCCGGGCGUGGGCUCGCCCCUGCCC